AUGAGCGGCUACGAGAACGUGCUAGCCACGGUGACCCCCGCCCUCACCCUGCAGCUCAAGUACGGCUCCAAAGGCGUCACCGAGGGACAAGAGCUAAAGCCAAGCGAGGUCCAGCAUCAGCCCACCGUCGACUGGGACGCGGACGAGAAUGCGCUGUACACUCUGGCGAUGGUCGACCCUGACGCUCCCUCGAGAGACGACCCUAAGGACCGGGAGGUGUACGUGGACACGAACGUGGACGUGGUGGUGGUGAUCGUGGGUCUCACUCUGUGGUUGAGUACAGGCGCCAUUGGCUGCCGCAUCAAAGAAGGUGACCUCCUCACACCCUACCAAGGGGCUGCCCCUCCGCCUGGAUCAGGCGAACACCGUUACGUGCUGGUCUUGUUCAAGCAGCCCGAUCGCAUCGUCCCCGAGAAGAUGAGCAACGACACGGCGGGAAGGAAGAGCUUCAAGAUUGAGGCCUGGGCCAAGAAGAACUAUAUGCUACCCGCGCUGGCCGCCACGCACUUCAGAGCACAGCCCGAGGAGGGCCAACAAACCUCCUCUGCUGGAAAAUAA